GCUGGCUGUCCGGGUGUCGCAGCUCCGCCACGGGAUGCUGACAAGCUCUUAGCAAAAACCUAUAUAGUAGGUGCCCGGGGUGCCAUCUCUGCCAACUUUAUUGGAUGAUUCUCACAAACUCCACUACACGUACAUACAGCCGACAACGGCCAAUCGUUCUUGGCUGCCCCCGCGACCUGCUCCCUAAAAGCAGUUGGCGCGGAGUCGGAAGAUCACCUCGAACUGGUAGCUCCCAACAGGCUUCUGUCAACCAGCUUAGGUGCCGAUAGAAAAUUCCUCCCUCUUUCACGCUUUGGCGCGCUCCUCAUCACAAACGACGGUGUUUCUAAGACGCAGGCCGCCACUCUGCGUGAGUCUUUCCAAGGCCUUGCAAGAAAGCUGCCGGAGGUUGUUGCAAGCACGGGUGUGGGUAUACGUGUCAACGUUCCUGGAGGCUGGGAAGAACAUCCCAUCAGGCACAGUGCCUCCCCAGAGCCACGGAGAGCAUCCCUCAGCGAACGGGGAUCUCGGUCCAGACGUGCCAGUGCAGUCCAUGAAAACGCGACUCGACGCGGCAUCUGAGAUUGACCACCGGCGCGACCCCAUUUCGCCGUGAUCCUGUACCAUGGAUCUUUCCGUUAGAAUAAUUCCUCCCACGGUACCUCAUACACACACGGUGGUGUUCUUGCAUGGGCGUGGAGACAAUACCCAAAACUUCAUAUCAUCACUAGAUCACUCACGCGACUCGCGCAACCGGACACUUCUGGACACCUUCCCUUCUUUCCGCUGGGUGUUCCCACAGGCCAAGAUACGGGCGUGCGCGGCAUCUCCCAGGCAGACAAUGACGCAGUGGUUCGAUAUCUGGAACGUUGCCGACUUCUCGGAGCAAGAAGACCUGCAAGCGAUAGGCCUGCGGGAGAGUGUUGCGAGCUUGGGGGUUAUUCUUGAGCGCGAGGCUGCUAUCUUAGGCGACCAGUGGGAUUGCCUUGUGUUAGCUGGGAUCAGCCAAGGCGCUGCGACAAACGUGCACACGCUCCUGAAUCUGAAUCUGACUACGGGUCAAAAUGGGAUGCGUCGUCUCGGCGCCUUCCUCGGCUUCUCAUGCCGGAUGCCGUUCCCUGGAAGGACGCUCACGGAGACCAGAAGUGUGCUUGGCUUGGAAGCCACCCCUGAUAACGAUGAGGUUAUCCGCAAUACCCCUGUAUUGCUCGAGCAUUGUUCCGAUGAUCUUCUUGUAUUGGUAGAAGGCGGUCGGAAUUUACGAGAUACGCUGCGGAGAUUUGGGGCACAGGUUGUAUGGAAGGAAUAUUCCGAAGGGGGGCAUUGGUUCAACUCGCCGGCCGGGAUAGAUGAUGCUGUAGAGUUCCUGAGCUCCGUUCUUCUCACGCAGAGGCCGGACACAAACUCCUCGGCGCAAACCCAGAUCUCGUUCGAAGCAAUGGACUUGUCGUAAUAGAGUCUAAAGGAAGCUGGGUAAAUUUUAGCAAUGUUCUCUGUAUGGCACUCGUUCUUGACGAAGCGUUGGUUAGGUUUCUAAAUCAAAGUCCAAUCGCCUUCCUCGCCAGUACACCGAAGCACGAGUGUGACAUCUUGGGCUGUGCAUGACAACAUUAUCGUAUACUUGAGGCCACCGCUAUAAUACGAUCUCUUUCGCAAAGAAAUCCAAUAUCCGCCCGAGCCCAGAUGGUGACGAGGAUAUUACCUAGAUCUCGCAGUUUGACACAUACUAAGUGGGAAAAAUCAACGCUGAGGGGGAUUUGAGUAAUUUUAGUGCCUAUUUGUACGUCAAGGACAGGGCUGUCUGUCCACAACCAUCGGCUGCGUCGGGAGGUCCAGAGACAGACGAUCAGGAUUGGCUGGGUACCGACCGAGGCCACCCUCACUGCUCUACGACAAGCAGUGCCCCUCCAAAGGCAAAGAAAAUAUGAUCAGAAAAUAGCAAAUCCAUCUUUGGUAACAGCAGAAAAGGGCUCCUCUCACGUAUCACAUGAUAACGGUUAUCAUCACAUACUACCAUGGUUCACCGCCCUACGUCCGAGCUCGUACUACCGCUCCGGCCUAUCCUGACACUAUUUCAUGGUUCUUUGGUUAUAACCUUAAAGUAUCCACGAAGGUAUUUGCAGGAAAACGACAGUUUUUAAUACCAUACAGCGUGGUGCAGAUCGGCUUGUCAAC